AUCUCUAAGGGCACCACAUGCUUUCCUUUUGGAGUCUGUUUCCAUUUUCUUGUGAAGCAAUACAUGACAUGGAUCUGGUCCCUCCCUCUGUUCCUUUGCAUCAAAUGACUUUAACUUGUGGGUUGGUUGAGGCUGUCAUUGCCAUUGGUGCUCAGUCUCAGCUCCCAGUAGAGGAGGUGCAGCUGAUACUUGGUAAUUAUUUAGCCGGGGACAAAAUGCUAAUGCUAAUAUAUUAAAGCAGCCGACAUCAUCCCCUGCAGGGGACUCCCUAGUGAAGUUUCCAGACUCUGAUGGGGAAACUCCAGGUGAUAUUUUCCCGGCCUGUGCUGUUAUUUGAGCUGCCUCCGGCAUUGCACAAGUUGCAGUUAGAUGUAGUUGCUCCAGGUAGACCAGUGAGCUGUUUGUAGGACUGAGCAGGUGGCAUCAUGGAAAGCAAAUUCUAUUUUGUCUCAGUUGUGUCACGCUCGCUGCCGCGGGGUCCAGAUAUUAGCGGUGCUCUCCCCCUCCCUUCCUCUGUCUUAAUUGGCAGGUGCAGCUGGAGCAGGAGGCAGCAGGUGUGUGACAUCAGUAAUCAGCUGACCUGGAACGAGCAGGUGGGAGGGGUUCAAUCAUCCACUCCCUGGGCCAUUAAAGCAGACCAUUCACCAUUCGAUGCUGAACCGUGAACAUGUUCCCUGUUCAGUUCAGCUCCCGGUGCCUAGUGCCUCAGUAAACUCUCGUUUUGGGCUCUUUUUUUCCAACCUGCUCGAAUCCCGCGCCAUCAACCUACGUCAAGCCUCAGCCAUCCGUUGCCACUCUGGAUCCGUUCCUGUUCCAGACCAUCCACACUACACUGGGUUCUGGCCACCAUGUGCCGCCUCACGCUGUCUCCUGCUCCACCUCACGCCACACCACCGUCCAUCUCUGCACCUGCCAAUGACUCCCCUGUUCUCCACUCGGUUCCCUGUCAGCUAAGUUCCCCAAUCCUGAGCCAGGCUAGUAGUCUUAGUGUAUUGUAGAGUCAGAUUAUUGUGGUUGCUUCUACGUACUUUGUAGAGUUUGUGUUGUCCUGCUGUUUAGUAUGGCUCCUGGUUACUCUGUAUUUCUGGUUAGUGUUAUUAGUAGUAUCUCCUUGUGAGGAGAGGCCUAUUGUAGUUUAGCUGCCCCGUUUAGCGGAGCAUCUUGGAUUCUCGUCACCGUUUACGCAGUGUAAAUUCCACCGUAGAAUUACCUUCCUGUAUCUUUAGUAUUCUAGCUCUCCUGCCUAGGUUGUACCUUCUGUGGGUUAGCCCUCUUGCACUCAUUAAAAUUAUGUAAUCUUUUUGCUGUCCCAUUAAUGAGUUCUGUUUUUGAUCCCUGUUUAUUUGUGCUCUGUUUGACAGUACAUCAUUUCUGUGAAAACCUUGUAGUUCCCUGCCUGCCCAUUGGAGGGUUUCGUUCCGUAGUUCAGUCUAGUUACCUCUUGUGUGACAGCUGUCAUGUCCAUUUGUAGUUUUCAUUGGAGAAUUGUAGUCCACUUGUUAAAUAUUGUAAAUUUGUAAAUAUAUUGUAAAUAAAAACUGUAAAUUGUCUUUAAGUAUAUCGUUUCUCGUUCCCUGCGCCUGAGCCUCCUUGUGAAACUGUGACAAGUUGUUUGACAGAGUUGUGUCAGCAUCAACAUUGAGGAACAGCAGUCAGUGCUAUUUCCUCCUGGAUGGGAUCUUGGUUGCCACAUAGUGACCACUUGUGGGAGAACCAGUUUUCCAAGUGGUGGUUCCUACAAGUCUGUGUGGCAAAGUACCCCAGACAUCCCAUGGUGGUGUAGCAGGUUAUCUGGGUGUUCGUAUGUUGUGAUAUUUUUUCUGGAAACACUUGAAACAAGAAUGAACAUUCUUUGUUAAAAGGUGUCCACAUUCCAUUUUCUAAGUAAACCAAAUCAGGUGGUUCAACCUGUACUGUUGUACUCCAUCCUAGCAGUUGGACAUCCUUUGGAACAAAUACUUAAUGUUUCUUUUUCCUGCUCUGGUCCAAAUCAGGACACAAUAUUUUUGUUGACUGUGAUUGUCAGGUUUCAGGCAUGUUGCUGCUUUUUCACUGUGCAGUAGCACACCCACCAUGGGGGAAAAAAAACAAAACAUUAUCUUAGUUCAUAUCAAUUUGUUGUAUUUCAAAAAUCAUCCAAUCUGGUCAAGGUUCCAAUUUUACAUCCAGUUCGUUUGCUCAACUGACUUGACCAGAUGCAUGUUAAACAUAACAGAUCUACUGAGUUUCAUGCUCAGAGCCAGAGGGCUUUGGAACGUUUCCUUCACCAAAUGAUGUCAUUUGGGCUCAGUGUUUGAUGAACUAGAAAGUUGCUGGUCUCUCCAGGUGUGCAGUGUAUUUGGAUGACAUGGUGGUUUAUUCAUUCAAUUCAAUUUUAUUUAUACAGUGGCAAUUAUAGUCAAAUUGUCUCGAGACGCUUUACAGACCCCGUAUGCCUGAACCCCAGAGCAGCCAAAAGGCGACAGUGGCAAGGAAAACACCCUUUUAACAGGGAAAAAAAACCUCGAGCAGAACCCGGCUCUAAUGUGGGGGAACCCAUCUGUCUGCUGGCCGGGUGGGUUGAGAGGGACAGAAGAGGUAGAAAGGUAGAGAUAGAGGGGUAGAGGUAGAGAUAGAGGGAUACAGAUAGAGGGGUAGAGAUAGAGAGGUGGGGGGGGGGGACACAAGGACCAUAAAACACACAGUUUAAUACAUGCAUGAUAAGACAGAUGAUACAUGCAAACUAACAUGGAAACUAAUUAUAGUUUACUGCUAUGGUGUACGGCUCUGGCAUUAUAUAUACGACAAUAUAUAGCUGGUGGUAAAUUCAAAAAUAUGUAGCUGAGCAAAUCAAGUAUAGUAAGGGCAAUUCAGAGUAGAUUGGUGGAAGUGGACAGCUGGAAGUAGUGGGCUGGAGGAAGGUCAGCAGCAGCAUCCCACAGAUAGAGACUAGGCCAGUUGGUGGGAGAACAACCACAGAUCUGAAGCAUCCCCUCUGGGACCAGGGACACUUGGAGAAAGGACACAGGGAGAAACAGAGUUAGUGUAAUGCAAUAAUGGUAUAUAUAGUAAAUACAUAUGUAGUUAGAGAAGGGCUCAGUGCAUCAAGAGAGGUUCCCCAGCAGUCUAGGCCUAUAGCAGCAGAACUAGGGGCAAACUAAAGGGACGUCAAGAGGGGAAGUCAGUUGUGCAAAUGAAAACACCAGCAUACCCCGUCAGGGUCCCCCAGUCAGUCCUAACUAUAAGCUUUGUCAAAAAGGAAGGUUUUAAGCCUGGUCUUAAAAAUAGAGAGGGUGUCCGCCUCCCGAACCCACACUGGGAGCUGGUUCCACAGGAGAGGAGCUGAUAACUGAAGGCUCUGCCUCCCAUUCUACUUUUAGAGAUUCUAGGAACAACAAGUAAGCCUGCAGUCUGAGAGCGAAGAGUUCUGCUAGGAUAAUAUGGUACUAUCAGGUCUUUAAGAUAUGAUGGAGACUGGUUGUUAAGAGCUUUAUAUGUCAGAAGAAGGAUUUUGAAUUCUAUUCUAGAUUUAACAGGAAGCCAAUGAAGAGAAACCAGUAUAGGAGAAAUAUGAUCUCUCUUGCUAACUCCCGUCAGUACUCUGGCUGCAGCGUUUUGGAUCAGCUGUAGAUGUUUCAGAGAGCUAUUGGGACAACCUGAUAAUAAGGAAUUACAGUAGUCAAGCCUAGAAGUAACAAAUGCAUGGACUAGUUUGUCUGUAUCACUCUGAGACAGGAUGUUCCUGAUUUUUACAAUAUUUCUCACGUGGAAAAAGGAAGUCCUACAGAUUUGUUUUAUGUGUGAGUUAAAGGACAUGUCCUGGUCAAAGAUAACUCUGAGGUUCCUCACAGUAGUACUGGAGGCCAAUGUAAUGCCAUCCAGAGUAACUAUAUGCUUUGAAAGCAAUUCUCUAAGAUGUUUGGGACCAAAUACAAUAACUUCAGUCUUGUCUGAAUUUAGUAGUAGGAAAUUAUAGGUCAUCCAGGUCUUUAUGUCCUUAAGACAAUCUUGGAGUCUGGCUAGCUGAUUAGUUUCAUCUGGCUUCAUAGAUAAAUACAAUUGAGUGUCGUCAGCGUAACAAUGGAAAUUAAUACAGUGCUUCCUAAUAAUAUUGCCUAAGGGAAGCAUGUAUAAUGUGAACAGUAUUGGUUCUAAGACAGAACCCCGAGGAACUCCAUGAUUAACCCUAGUAUGCUCAGAAGUAAGUAGUGUCACAAUAAUUUCAAACGUUCUAAAACCACAGAUCUAACAGAACAAAAGUAAGCAUCACUAAGGCGAGCAUAGGAAGAGGAACAAAGUGCUUUUGGACCAGAUGAGAGUCCAAUCGUAGUAAUUUUAGCAGUACUCUCACUUGUCUAAAACCGAAAAAUUCUCUUGUCACUUGUUUGCAGUACAGAAAUGUUUAGCAGGCAGUAAGACUUCCUACAUUUAUGGAGCAGAUGCAGGAAAAAACAUUUGUAGUAUUUUCACAGUGCAUUCAUUCUGUUGUUGUGUCUAAGACUUGGAGUGUGCAAGUGGCAACUUGGCUGCACCCACAGGGUGUGAGAGGCUCAUCGCUCAAACGCACCAGAAAGAGCGCAGACCUUCCAUGGCAAUUCAAACACCUGUUGUGGCGUUGGAUAAAACAGUAGUGUUAAAUGACUCGCAACUGCUUGCUGCUAAAACACUGAGCCCAGAAUGUCGUCCAGGACUUUGCAUAACAUUAACGGGGUCAACAUGUGAUCGUUUCUUAUUGCUAAAGGACUGUUAAAGCCGGCUGUUAUUCUGUUUUGUUUUAGUUUUUUUCAUGCGGUGUGUGUUCUGUUUGCUGGCUGGUCUGGCCACAGUAACUAUAAACUUGACAAAAUGUGAGUUUUCCAAGGCCACUGUAGCAUACAUUGGGAAGAUGGUGGACCAAGGCCAAGUCCACCCAGUGCAGGCCAACAUCUCGGCUGUGCAGCAGUUUCCAGAAACCAAAAAGGAGCUGAGACGUCUCUUGGGAAUGGUUGGUUUUGUAAAACCUUUUCAUCGUUAGUCUCCCUGCUGACAGACCUGUUCAAGGAGUUUAUCUGGACUCCAAAAUGUCAGGAGGCAUUUCAAGGAGUAAAAGCUCUUGUUUUUAGCUCCAGUGUUAUUGGCAGCACACUUUGACCAGCCAUUCAAACUGCAGAGAGAUGCCAACCAAGUGAAUGCUGGGAUGGUGUUGUUGUCGUUGUUGUUUUGUAGUAGAAUGCCCUGAGAGUGGAUUGUCCUGUGAGGUUCUUUUUCAAAGAAGAUUAAUGAACAUGAACUGAACUACUGAGUCACUGAAAAGGAGACGAUGGUUCUGGUGUGGACUUUGCAGCACUUCAAUGUUUCCAUUGAUUGUGAAGUGUUGCCCCUGGUGGUUUUUACUGCCCAUAAUCACAUAGUCAGUGUAAAACCCAAACCAGAGACUGGUGCAAUGGACUUUGUUUCUCCAACCAUAAAAUUAAGAUGUUGACCAUAUUAAGGUGUUGAGGAGGGUCAUUAGACUGAACUGGUUCUACCUCUGUAGGCCUCCACUCAGGUUACUUUGGUGUAAACAUCACCCAGGAUCCACACCUCUUGUCUGUAGUUUGUUUCCUCAUUUGUUUCUCACUGGUAACACUCACACUCAUGCCUCACUCAUCCACCCACCACCAACACUAUUGACACUUGGACAGGACCAUGCAGAGACCUUUGGAGGGGCAGGUGCUCAAAGUUAAAAGGGGGCACAUGGAGCACGAAUUUGAAACACCAUACAGAAACAUACCUUAUAGUGCAAGGUGCAGCAGUGGUGCAAUGGUUAAGACUCAGGACUACUGAAGGUCAGUGGUUCAAACCCUGACCUGUGCUGUAAUGUGUUUGUGACAAAUUAUUUUUUUGAAGUUGAAUUUCGAUCACCAUUAGACACUGGACUGUUUAACUGUGGCUGCUGUUCCUGGAGUCCUUGCUUUUAAAUUUCAUACCUUUUCAAGACACAUGCUGUAUAGCCACGGAUUUGCUCCAUGGUGCUGAUUCAUAAUCUGCCCUUUAUUAUUCAUAGUGCUAAUAAUAAAGUUUUUUAAAAAAUGACAUAGAAAUCAUGUAUUUAAAUGUAUUUAGCAAGGUUAUAAAAGUUAUAUAUUUUGUGUGCACAUUAUAUUUAAUUUGUCUAUACAUACAAAUGUCAUAAACAAGUACUGAUAUGGUUAAAUGAGAGGUUGAGAAAAUCACAAUUUAAAUUCUUCUAAUUAUUUUUCUUAUUGUAUUUAUACAGCAAUAGUCCAAAAUUAUGUGAAAAUGCACAUACAUAGUUUUAGUGAAAUAAAUAACCUCUGCCUCAUUGCCUCUAGAAACACAGGAAACACAUUCAACUCACUGACAGUAAAAUAAUACAUCUCUCUGAUGCACUUUGCCCAUGACAAAAGAAACAUAUAGAAACAAAAAGAAGCCUGGCAUACUUUAUCCUCUCAGCACGCUGUGUGGUUAACUAGCGGCUAUAACUGUUAUCUGUUAGAUCUUUACAGGGUGAAAGAUGACGACACCUCAAGAAGUCCUUCUGAGGACUUUAGAAGAGUUAGGAGAAGAGGAGUUUGAAAAAUUCAAAUGGUUCCUGAACCAAGAUGGAGUCCUAGAAGACUUCAAAUCCAUCCCAAAGUCUCGACUGGAGAAGGCAAACAGGGUCAACACUGUGGAUCAAAUGUUCAACGCCUACUGUAGAAACACCUUUAAAGUCACUGAGAAGGUUUUAAUGAAGAUGAAUAAAAUUGAUCUGGUGAGGAAAAUCUCAGGAGCCAUCAAAGAACCUACAGAGAUUCUGUCCGGAUGUCAAGACAAACUCAAGUCUAACCUAAAGAAGAGGUUCCAGUGUGUGUUUGAGGGCAUCGCUAAAGCAGGACAGAAAACCUUCCUGAAUGAGAUCUACACAGAGCUGUACAUCACAGAGGGAGGGACUGCAGAGGUCAAUGAUGAACAUGAGGUCAGACUGAUUGAAGCAGCAUCCAGGAAACCAAACAGAGCAGAAACAACCAUCAGACCAGAAGACAUCUUUAAAGACUCAUCUGGAAGAGACAGACCAAUCAGAACAGUGAUGACACUGGGAGUGGCUGGCAUCGGGAAAACAGUGUUAACUCAGAAGUUCACUCUGGACUGGGCUGAAGACAAAACCAACCAGGACAUCCACUUCAUGUUUCCAUUCACUUUCAGAGAACUGAAUUUACUGACAAAGAGAAAGUUCAGCUUGGUGGAACUUGUUCAUCACUUCUUCAGUGAAACCAAAGCAGCAGGAAUCUGCAGCUUUGAAGACUUCCAGGUUGUGUUGAUCUUUGACGGACUGGAUGAGUGUCGCCUUCCUCUGGACUUCCACAACAAUGAGAUCCUGACUGAUGUUACAGAGUCCACCUCAGUGGAUGUGCUGCUGACAAACCUGAUCAGGGGGAAGCUGCUUCCCUCUGCUCGCCUCUGGAUAACCACACGACCUGCAGCAGCCAAUCAGAUCCCUCCUGACUGUGUGGACAUGGUGACGGAGGUCAGAGGGUUCACCGACCCACAGAAGGAGGAGUACUUCAGGAAGAGAUCCAGAGAUGAGGAGCAGGCCAGCAGCAUCAUUUCCCACAUGAAGAAGUCACAAAUCCUCCACAUCAUGUGCCACAUCCCAGUGUUCUGCUGGAUCACUGCUACAGUUCUGGAGAAGCUGCUGAGAACCAGAGAGGGAGGAGAUCUGCCCAGAACCCUGACUGAGAUGUUCAUCCACCACCUGGUGGUUCAGACCAAAGUCAAGAAGGUGAAGUAUGAUGGAGGAGCUGAGACAGAUCCACACUGGAGUCCAGACAGCAGGAGGAUGAUUGAGUCUCUGGGAAAACUGGCUUUUGAGCAGCUGCAGAGAGGAAAGCUGAUCUUCUAUGAGUCCGACCUGACAGAGUGUGGAAUCGAUCUGGAAGCAGCCUCAGUGUACUCAGGAGUGUUCACACAGAUCUUUAAAGAGGAGAGUGGACUGUACCAGGACAAGGUGUUCUGCUUCGUCCAUCUGAGUGUUCAGGAGUUUCUGGCUGCAGUCUACAUGUUCCACUGUUAUACCAACAGGAACCAGAAGGUUCUGAAGGACUUCCUGGGAAGAGACUGGAAAGACAACAACAGAGACACUCUGGAUGUGUUCAUGUACAGAGUCAUGGAGAAAUCCCUCAGCAGUAAAAAUGGUCACCUGGACCUGUUUGUUCGCUUCCUUCAUGGCCUCUGUCUGGAGUCCAACCAGAGACUCUUAGGAGGUCUGCUGGGUUGGACAGAGAACCAUCCAGAAAUGAUCCAGAGAGUCAUCAACAACCUGAAGAAGAUGAAGAGUUAUGGAAUGUCUCCAGACAGAAGCAUCAACAUCUUCCACUGUCUGAUGGAGAUGAAGGAUCUCUCAGUACAUCAGGAGAUCCAAGAGUUCCUGCAGUCAGAGAACAGAUCAGAGAAGGAACUCUCUGAGAUCCACUGCUCAGCUCUGGCCUACAUGCUGCAGAUGUCAGAGGAGGUUCUGGAUGAGUUGGACCUGAACAAGUACAGAACUACAUGGGAGGGAUGGUGGAGACUGAUUCCAGCUGUGAGGAACUGCAGAAAGGCUCGACUUUAUAACUGUGGACUCUCAGAGAGUCACUGUGAAGUCGUGGCCUCAGCUCUGAAGUCCAACCCCUCCCAUCUGAUAGAACUGGACAUGAGCUGCAACCAGAACCUGCAGGAUUCAGGAGUGAAGCAUCUUUCUGAUGGACUGCAGAGUCCAAACUGUAAACUGGAAGCUCUCGAAUUGAGGUGCUGCAGGUUGUCAGAGAUCAGCUGUGAUUCUCUGGUCUCAGCUCUGAAGUCCAACCCCUCCCAUCUGGAACAUCUGGACCUGAGUAGAAACAAGCUGCAGGAUUCAGGAGUGAAACAUCUGAGUGGUUUUCUGGAGAAUCCAGGCUGCAUCCUGAAGACUCUGAGAUUGGAGGACUGCAGGUUGUCAGAGAUCAGCUGUGAUUCUCUGGUCUCAGCUCUGAAGUCCAACCCCUCCCAUCUGGAACAUCUGGACCUGAGCUACAACGACCUGCAGGAUUCAGGAGUGAAACAUCUGAGUGGUUUUCUGGAGAAUCCAGACUGCAUCCUGAAGACUCUGAGAUUGUGGCACUGCAGUUUGUCAGAGAUCAGCUGUGAUUCUCUGGUCUCAGCUCUGAAGUCCAACCCCUCCCAUCUGGAACAUCUGGAAAUGAGCUACAACAACCUGCAGGAUUCAGGAGUGAAACAUCUGAGUGGUUUUCUGGAGAGUCCAGACUGCAUCCUGAAGUAUCUGAGAUUGAAGGACUGCAGUUUGUCAGAGAUCAGCUGUGAUUCUCUGGUCUCAGCUCUGAAGUCCAACCCCUCCCAUCUGGAACAUCUGGACCUGAGCUGCAACAAAGAGCUGCUGGAUUCAGGAGUGAAACAUCUGAGUGGUUUUCUGGAGAAUCCAGGCUGCAUCCUGAAGACUCUGAGAUUGGAGUGGUGCAGUUUGUCAGAGAUCAGCUGUGAUUCUCUGGUCUCAGCUCUGAAGUCCAACCCCUCCCAUCUGGAACAUCUGGACCUGAGCAGGAACAAGCUGCAGGAUUCAUCAGUGAAACAUCUGUGUGGUUUUCUGGAGAAUCCAGACUGCAUCCUGAAGGAUCUGAGAUUGAUGGACUGCAGUUUGUCAGAGAUCAGCUGUGAUUCUCUGGUCUCAGCUCUGAAGUCCAACCCCUCCCAUCUGGAACAUCUGGACCUGAGUGGAAACAACCUGCAGGAUUCAGGAGUGAAACAUCUGAGUGGUUUUCUGGAGAAUCCAGACUGCAUCCUGAAGGAUCUGAGAUUGAGGGGCUGCAGGUUGUCAGAGAUCAGCUGUGAUUCUCUGGUCUCAGCUCUGAAGUCCAACCCCUCCCAUCUGGAAUAUCUGGACCUGAGUGGAAACAAGCUGAAGGAUUCAGGAGUGAAACAUCUGAGUGGUUUUCUGGAGAAUCCAGGCUGCAUCCUGAAGUAUCUGAGAUUGAAGGACUGCAGUUUGUCAGAGAUCAGCUGUGAUUCUCUGGUCUCAGCUCUGAAGUCCAACCCCUCCCAUCUGGAACAUCUGGACCUGAGCUGCAACAAAGAGCUGCUGGAUUCAGGAGUGAAACAUCUGUGUGGUUUUCUGGAGAAUCCAGACUGCAUCCUGAAGACUCUGAGAUUGGAGUGGUGCAGUUUGUCAGAGAUCAGCUGUGAUUCUCUGGUCUCAGCUCUGAAGUCCAACCCCUCCCAUCUGGAACAUCUGGACCUGAGCAGGAACAAGCUGCAGGAUUCAUCAGUGAAACAUCUGUGUGGUUUUCUGGAGAAUCCAGACUGCAUCCUGAAGGAUCUGGGAUUGGAGGGCUGCAGGUUGUCAGAGAUCAGCUGUGAUUCUCUGGUCUCAGCUCUGAAGUCCAACCCCUCCCAUCUGGAACAUCUGGACCUGAACUGGAACAACCUGCAGGAUUCAUCAGUGAAACAUCUGAGUGGUUUUCUGGAGAAUCCAGACUGCAUCCUGAAGACUCUGAGAUUGUAUAGAUGCAGUUUGUCAGAGAUCAGCUGUGAUUCUCUGGUCUCAGCUCUGAAGUCCAACCCCUCCCAUCUGGAACAUCUGGACCUGAGAGGAAACAACCUGCAGGAUUCAUCAGUGAAACAUCUGUGUGGUUUUCUGGAGAAUCCAGACUGCAUCCUGAAGUAUCUGAGAUUGGAGGACUGCAGGUUGUCAGAGAUCAGCUGUGAUUCUCUGGUCUCAGCUCUGAAGUCCAACCCCUCCCAUCUGGAACAUCUGGACCUGAGCUGGAACAACCUGCAGGAUUCAGGAGUGAAACAUCUGAGUGGUUUUCUGGAGAAUCCAGGCUGCAUCCUGAAGACUCUGAGAUUGGAGAGCUGCUGGUUGUCAGAGAUCAGCUGUGAUUCUCUGGUCUCAGCUCUGAAGUCCAACCCCUCCCAUCUGGAACAUCUGGACCUGAGUAGAAACAAGCUGCAGGAUUCAGGAGUGAAACAUCUGUUAGAUCUUGUGGAGAAUCCAGACUGCAGCCUGAAGACUCUGAGAUGGAAGUGAUGCUGAUCAGGACGGUGUUUGUGCUGAGAGGAUGAAGUGUGUCCUGAUGAUCCAGAGGUUGAAGCAGCAGCAGCAGCUGGUGUGUAGAGACUCUGACUGGACCAUGUUACUGGGAGGUGGACUGGGAACCAGUGUAAAGUGUGUUGUUAUCACUGUGUAGUUUAGUGUUGCAGCUCCACACUGUGAAUGAUGGAGAACUGCAGUUAAUGUUGACAUGAAACGUUGGAGGUUGAUGUCAGGUUGCAGAGUGUGCAGUAAGUUUCAGGAUGUUUCUGUCACUGCAGGAUCAUAUUUCAGAUGCUGCUGCUCACAUGCUCCAGUUUAGCAGCUUCAAAGCCACCAACAGGACUGUUGAUGCUGUUCUUCUGGUCCUUCUGCCUCCAGAUGUUCUGCCCAAACAGUCCACUUUAGUCUCAUCAGUCCAUCAGACUCCCAGAACUCUGCUUUGUUCCACACAUGAAGAUCUUGUUGUUCAGUUUUGUCAGACUUUAGUUGUUUCCUUCAUCAGGUCGUGCAGCUCUUUACCAAUAAAACAGGUUUUCUAUCAGCUGCUGCUGUCAAACAUCUGCUUCCUCUUGGACAGAUUUUGUCCAGUUUGAUUUAUUGACUCAGUUCAUCCACUGAGAUUCCUCCUGGUCCAUUCUUCAAAUGAGCCAGAAAAUCUUCAAGUCUUCAUCAACAUUCAGUCUCCUGGUGAACUCCAAGUAUUUUCUAUCCUCAGACUUAGUAAAGAACAAAACACCAAAGUCAGACUGGAAGUCAGUCAGAGUCAGAUGAAGUCUGAGAUUUACUGUCAUUUCAGCUCCAUGCAGCAAACAGAGGCUGGUUCAUGAACACAGACUCUGAUUCUGAGCUGAAAAUCCACAUUUUUACCCUCUGACUGAUAUCUGCCCACUUGGAGCCUCAGUUCCAGGUUUUCAGUCCUUCAUCUGUUUCUGGGGAUGUUCCACUGUUAUCUUUUAGUUUAUCAUGACCUCAUCUUUGGUAAUGAAUCAAUCUAACCUUUUUACAAUCAUAAUCAUGAAACAUAAUCCUGACUCAUCUUGUAAAUAAAAAUAAAGGCCUUUAUGCUUUUAAAUAAAGUUUAUCUGCACAGUUAAUAGAA